UUUUGACAGAAUCGAAAUUUACUCGGAAGUAACAUCAGCUAAUGUGGAUAUUGUUGCUGUUCAACCAAAGUGUUCUUUCAAUCUGUUUGCUUAAAUCAUCGAGUCGACCAAAGAUCUCUAAUCUAUUGUUUAGUACCAAGCACUGUCAAGAAAUAAGAUAAGUGUGUUAACAGAGGAAGCAGACAUCGGUGAGAACAGAAACGAGUCUCAGCAGUGACAUGGAUUUGAAGGUAAUGACCAACCUUGAGGAGAUUGCCAAGCUCUACCGGGAGCAGAGUCACUUUCCAUCCCUGAGCCGUGCCGAUGUGGGACCGGUGAUCACGUCUCAGUAUGGAGGAAAGUACAACAACAUCUCUACAGUGUGGACUCAGCGGGAUCUGGAAAGGAAUGAGAUUGUUAAAUUUUGCCGGCAGUACAUCGUGUUUCAUGACGACAAAUUGAUAGUCUACUCCGGGCCCUCUGGGAACUGCACAGAGAUCAAGGGAGAGCUGCUGAGCCAGGACUCUCCUUCUGGAGAGAUGAAGGCUGUAUUGAGGGAGUGUUCAAUUAAAGGAGAGGAGAAACAGUUUCUUGAGAUCUGGCAUAAGAACAGCAAGAUAAAAAGUCUCAACCUGACUGCACUGAAAAAGCAUGGAAAGGUGUAUGAGGAUGAACAAUUUGGCUGCUUAGUCUGGUCUCACUCUGAAACUCAUCUCCUCUAUGUGGCUGAGAAAAAGCGUCCCAAGGCCGAGUCCUACUUCCAGUCAGAGUCUGAAUCCAGUUUGCUUGGUGAUGAUGAAGUAAUAAAGGCUGAGAAGAAGGAGGAUACUGUCAAGGGUAACCAGUUUGUUUAUUAUGAGGACUGGGGCGAGAAUUUGGUCAGUAAGAGCACACCUGUACUUUGUAUUUUGGAUAUUGAGGGCAACAAUGUUUCUGUCUUGGAGGGAGUACCAGAUGAUAUUUCGCCUGGACAGGCAUUCUGGGCACCUAAUGACACUGGUGUGGUGUUUGUUGGAUGGCCGCAUGAGCCAUUCAGACUGGGCCUGAAAAGCUGCCCCAACAGACGGUCUUCUCUAUUUUAUGUGGAUCUCACCGGUGGAAAAUGUGAACAGUUGUCUGGCUCCGGCGCAAUCUUCUCUCCUCGUCUAAGUCCAGAUCACUGCCGCAUUGUCUAUUUUGAGUGUGAUGUGUAUGGCCCACAUCAGCAAUGCAGCAAGCUGUGUAUGUAUGACUGGUAUACAAAGAAGACGUCACUGGUAGUCGAUGUGGUCAAGAGAGUCAGAGAAGAUGGCUUUACUGGUAUCUACAGCUCCAUGCUGCCUCAUCAGUGCUGGUCAGCUGACAGCCAAAGAGUUCUCCUAUCAUCUCCUCAGAGAAGCCGUGAGGACAUUCUAGUGGUUGAUAUUUCCACAGGCCAAGUUACAUCUCUCACCUCUAAGUCAGACAUGGGAAGUUGGCGCCUGCUGACUAUCCAGAAGAAUAUGAUGGUGGUUAGCUGCUCAUCUCCAAACUGUCCUCCAAGUCUGAGGGUGGGCUUUCUACCAGCAAGUGGUUCAGAAGAAGAAGUGUCGUGGGUGACGCUAGAGGAUGCUCAAAUGCAGCAGGAAAUUGACUGGCAGGUUGUUAAUUUCAGCCCACCUCCAGAGGAGGACAACAAACAAUACCCCGGUCUGGACUUUGAUGCCAUUCUACUGAAACCAAAAGACGCAAACGAGGGAGCAAAAGUCCCACUUGUCGUCAAGCCACAUGGUGGACCUCACUCUGUAAUAGUGACAGAGUGGUUCUUAAGCUCAGCAGUUCUCUGUCAAAUGGGUUUUGGUGUCUUACAUGUUAAUUACAGAGGUUCUCUUGGCUACGGUCAGGACAGUGUCUUCUCCCUGCCUGGAAAUAUCGGCACCCAAGAUGUCAAAGAUGUACAGUUUGUUGUUGAGAGCAUUUUAAAGCGAAACGAGUUCGACAGAGAGAGGGUUGUUGUUAUCGGGGGCUCCCACGGAGGAUUCUUGGCUUGUCACCUAAUUGGUCAAUACCCUGACUUUUACAAAGCAUGUGUUGCUCUGAAUCCAGUCAUCAACUUGGCAUCCAUGAUUGGCAGUACUGACAUUCCUGACUGGUGCAUGGUGGAAGCCGGAUUUGAUUACAACACUAACACCAUGCUGAGCUCUACUCUACUAGAGCAAAUGUUAAACAAGUCACCCAUCAAAUAUGUCCCACAGGUAAAGACUCCUGUGCUGCUUACCUUAGGAGCGGAAGAUAAGCGUGUGCCUAAUAAGCAGGGCAUUGAGUACUACAAAGCUCUGAAGGCUUUGCAAGUACCUGUCAGGUUGUUAUGGUAUCCAGAGAACAACCACUCUUUGUCCAAAGUUGAUGCGGAGUCAGAUGGAUUUAUGAACAUUGCACUGUGGAUCAUUCAGCAUCUCAACCUAUAAUCACCAGAUACUAUGUAAUAUACUUAUAAUGGCCUUACAUAUUUAAAUUGAAAUAUAGGCAUUGAAGGUCUUGUUCAGUCAUUGAGGUGUGUAUAUGAUAACUAUGAUGAGUGAUCUAAGAGUGUUUCUUUUCAAUUUGUUAGUUAUGCAAACCUUACCAAAAACUGUAUUAGUACACUAAUGUUUUACUUGAGGUUUAAAACAGACUGAUCUGAAUAAAAAACUUGAAACUGUACUAAACACUGGCUUAUUCAAGAAAUUAUUUUGUGACUUCUCUCACAACUGAUCUUUGACACUAUCUGGUACUAUACUGAUGUUCUUUGUAUUUUCAUUCUCUUAUUGAAACCCUUAAUGGUUCUUUCUUCUGCCACUGUUUGAUACACUCUGGGUAUUUCCUGUUCCUUUUUAAAAUAAAUGUGCUUAAAAUGUG